UAAUGUCUUGGUUAGUCUCGCGCCGGCGCCAGCAUCGAUCGCAUGAUUCAGCGCCGCUGCUCGAGUUAUAGCCUCACUUAUUCGAUAUUUGGACAUGUACCGUUUUGCCGCUGUGUUUCCUUCCUGUGAAUCACGAUACAAGCGCGGUGGUGGUUGCCGCUUGGAGCCGCUUUCAGUCUUCUAUAACACAUGGAGGAACAAACGCGAUUGUGUAGAUAGUUAAUUACUCGUAAAUGUUGUUUCUAAAGAGCCAUUCAUGAAGUGCUCCGGUACGCUGAAGUUUAUUUUACUAAUAGGUCUCUGAAAGUAUUUUAAGUGGAGUUUCAUUCAUAAUAAUGGAUUUAAAAUUAUUAUUAUUGGCUUUGACAUUGUUUUGGAAAUAUUCCGUCGUAUCAGCAAUAGUAAGGUGCUUCAAAUGUGAACCUCGGUUUGCCAGUUAUCAGAUGAGCCACAAGACGUGCGAACAAUUUGACGGCAGCGACAAAUUUGUACACCAGUGCAACUCCUCUACUAUGUGCUUUAAGAAGAAAAUCACAUUUGAUCUAGGAAAUGAAUUGAUAACGACGUAUCAACGGGGCUGUGCAUUACAAACAAUGAGCGGUGACCAGAAGAGAAUAAACGGGAAAUGGACUUUAGUAAACAAUAUAUAUGAGGUUUAUAAGGAGACUUGUGAAGAGAAUGUAAGCGGAGAAGAGGAUCGACUCACCAACUCCCUCCAUUGUUACUGCCGCGGAGAUCUUUGCAAUUCUUCAGCAAAAUAUUCUCCGAAUUUUUUUAUUAGGAUAUUGAGUAGUGUUUUAUUUCUACGGAAUGUAGUUAGAUACAUAAUUUAAUCAAAUUUGCAAACAUAAUUUAAGACUUAAAAUGUGCAAAAUGCGCGUGCUAUCUUGUGAUACGGAUCAGCUGAGCAAACUUAUAUAUCUUAUAGACAUGGAUAAUAUAUAUGUGGUUACAUUAAAUGUAAUCAUUAAUAACACACAUUUACAAAGUGAAAAAGAUGUUUGCUCAAAAUGUAUGCUGUGAGAGGUGCAUUAAGGCGGUUAAAUAAUCUUGUAAUUUUAUUUGUGUAUUAAAUUCAUAGAUAAUACUUCUUAAAUAUGCAGGAAGAAUAAACAAUUCGAUACGACAAAUUAUAUUAAAUUUUAUCUAGGGGUGGAUACCAUCCAAAUCAAUCAUUCCGAUUAGAUCCAAAUACGAAAAUGGGUCUACUAAAAAUAUUUAAUAUUAAAGUAUUUAAGAUUUAAAUUCCAAAGAAUCAAUCAUAAUUAUAGGUGUGCUUCUGACACGGUGCUUAUAGUUUUAUGUAUUGUUGCUAGUCAUUACCUAUAAUGUUAAUGUCCUGCGAACUUAAUAAAGUACAUAGUAUUGUUCAAUGGAGAAAAUAAGGAUUUAUUUCUUUUAAUAUUUACCAAAACAUUUUUUCAAAACAUAAGAAAAUAAUUAUCUUUAAAGUGUAUAAAACAAAGUUGCUGUUUGCAUCUGUCUUUUUCUUCAUUUACUUUUUCUAAAUUACGCAGCUUAUUUCACUGCCAUUUAGAUAUAUACGUGUGUUGUAUUACAAUACAUCCUAGUGAAACUUUUGUAUAAGUAGAUAAUUGAACUCGUGCGAAGUAUAGGCGGAUCGCUAGUAUUUUAAAUACCUAUGAAUUAUGAUGUGAAAUGUAUGCAAUGUAUGCAAAAAAAUGCUGCAAUACUAUGUAAGUAGCAUUUCUCUGCUGAUCAAUUAUCUCGUUAACACAGGUUUAUUAUAUUAACCUAUUUAGGCGCCCAAUUCUAUAACCACAACUAUUAAACCCUUUUAAAAGUAUAAUAUUAAUAUAAGUUAAGAAACUACAGUUUUGAUUUUACGAAUAAAUCUUAUUUAAUUUCAUUUCAAUCUUUGGAAAACAGUAAUACAAUUAUGCGGUGUACAAUUUGACCAGAGGGAGACUGUACAAAAGUCAAUUGCUUGGGUAUCUCUGUCCUAUUCGUGUUUCAACCGUGAAGCAGUUGUGUUUGCAUGGCUGUGUUUCGGUUUGAAGGGUGGGAUAUGGCGUGAAUUUACAGGGUACAGAGGAAUAACACCCGAGUCCUCAGGAAUGGUAACGCAUGGGGGGUAUCAUACAAAAAUAUAUAUAUAUAUAUAUAUAUAUUUACUAACACACAUGUUCUAUACAUACAUUAUACACAUGAUCAUAUUAGAGACACAUAUGAACACUUAAUUUUUUGUAAACGAAAUCAUCGUAUCAACAUCAUGGACUGAUUAAAGUUAUUACAAAAGGGAAAUUAAAAGACGUCUACAAUUAACCAUAACAAAGUCUGCAUACAAUUGAAUGCAUUUUACUUUCCCAUUAUAUAAUUGUAAACAGAUUUUAAUAAUUGUUUUUGUAAUCAAUAUUGUCACGAUACAAAUCGCUAUUGUUUUUUGUUGAGCAAAAUUUACUUGUUAUUUUGUAACUAUAGUUUCCCUCAAUAAAAAAACUUUUACAAGUAAAAAACUGUA